GAUCUCACUCAUGACUGAAACAUCAUUUGAGGGGUGAUCACCUCCAGAUCCCCAGCUGGACAAGCCUUGCAUCGUCUGGGGGCCUCAGUAUCUUCACCUGCAGCGUCCAGUGGGGGUGGGAGCAGGAUGGCUUCCCAGCCCCCGCCUCACCCAGACAGCACGUGAUGCCCAAGUUCUCCUUCUGUCUACAGCCACAGCUCUCACUCACCCUCCGGCUUCCUGUCGGGGCUUCUUCAGCCCCACCCCACAUUUGGGGCAUUUCCUUCCCUGACAGAGGGACCUGGGACCGGGCUGGGGCCCUGGCGGAUGGAGACAUGCUGCCCCUGCUGCUGCUGCCCCUGCUGUGGGGGGGGUCCCUGCAGGAGGAGCCAGGGUAUGAGCUGCAAGUGCAGAAGUCGGUGACGGUGCAGGAGGGUCUGUGCGUCCUCGUGCCCUGCUCCUUCUCUUACCCCUGGAAUGCCUGGUACUCCCCUCCCCCACUCUACGUCUACUGGUUCCUGAACGAGAAGAGCCCAUACUAUGAUGAGCCUGUGGCCACAAACAACCUAGGCAGAAAAGUGAAGUCAGAGACCCAGGGCCGAUUCCACCUCCUUGGGGAUGUCAGGAACAAGAACUGCUCCUUGAGCAUUGGAGAUGCCAGAAUGGGGGACGCGGGAAGCUAUUCUUUUCGCGUGGAGAGAGGAAGGAAUGUAAAACAUACCUACGUACAGAAUAAGCUGAACUUGGAGGUGACAGCCCUGACAGAGAAACCCGAUGUCCACUUUCUGGAGCCUCUGGAGUCCGGCCGCCUCACAAGGCUGAGCUGCAGCCUUCCAGGAUCCUGUGAAGUGGGACGACCUCUCACAUUCUCCUGGACGGGGGAUGCCCUCAGCCCCCUGGACCCCGAAACCACCCGCUCCUCGGAGCUCACCCUCACCCCGAGGCCCGAGGACCAUGGCACCAACCUCACCUGUCAGGUGAAACGCGGAGGAGCUCAGGUGACCACGGAGAGAACUAUCCAGCUCAAUGUCUCCUAUGCUCCACAGAACAUCACCAUCUUCAGGAAUGGAACAGCCCUAGAGAUCCUGCAAAACACCUCGACCCUUCUGGUCCUGGAGGGCCAGGCUCUGUGGCUGCUCUGUGAAGCUCCCAGCAAUCCCCCUGCACACCUGAGCUGGUUCCAGGCAUCCUCUGCCCCGAACGCCACCCCCAUCUCCGAUACUGGGAUCUUGGCGCUUCCUCGAGUAGAGUUUGCAAAAGAAGGAGUCUUUACCUGCCGUGCUCAGCACCUGCUGGGCUCCCUGCACAUUUUUCUGAAUCUCUCAGUUUACUCCCUCCCACAGCUGCUGGGCCCCUCCUGCUCCUGGGAGGCUGAGAGUCUGCACUGCAGCUGCUCCUUUCGAGCCUGGCCAGCCCCCUCCCUGUACUGGUGGCUUGGGGAGAAGCCACUGGAGGGGAACAGCAGCCAGGGCUCAUUCAAGGUCAACUCCAGCUCAGCUGGGCUCUGGACCAACAGCUCCCUGAUCCUCCACGGUGGGCUCACCUCUGGCCUCAAAGUCAGCUGCAAGGGCUGGAACACCUAUGGGUCCCAGAGCGGCUCUGUCUUGCUGCUGCAAGGGAGAUUGAACCUCAGGACAGGCGUGGUUCCUGCAGCCCUUGGUGGUGCUGGUGUCAUGGCCCUGCUCUGUAUCUGUCUGUGCCUCAUCUUCUUUUUAAUGAUUCCAGGAAGAAGCCCUGGUCAGACAGCCCCAGAGACCAAGCAUCUCCUGCUGGGGAUACCCCUCCCUUGGGAGAACAACAGGAGCUCCAUUAUGCCUCCCUCAGCUUUUCUGAGAUGAAGUCGAGGGAGACUAAGGACCAGGAGGCCCCAAGCACCACGGAGUACUCAGAGGUCAAGACAAGCAAGUGAGAACUCACCCAGAGCUCAGUCCUGGCCGGAGGAACCACAGCCUGUCUGGGGGGAAGGACAAGUCAGGGACCACUUGCUGAAGCAUGAAGAGCCCUUGUGACUAACAUUAACUGAUGUGUAAGUGCUCCAAGCAGAGCAGAAAGAAGAUAGAUGAUGGAAUUGGAGAGGUGGGCUCAAACCCAGGCCCUGGUACUGUCAUCAAGCAAUUCACUGCAUCCCUCUGUGCCUCAGUUUCCCAUUCUGUAAAUCAGAGAUCAUGCAUGUUACCUCAAAGGUUGUUGUGACCAUUAAAGAAAGCAACACAUGGAAGUCAACCAACACAGGUCCUGGCACAGGGCAUGUGCUCAGUGCUUGCUGGUCUCUCUUCCUUGAAUAGGAAGGUCCUGUUGGCAAAUUCUGUCAAGGCUGGGGAUGACCAGGUACAAAAAAAGAGGGCAGCAAUAUGUUGGUGUCACUCCCCUUCCCAGAACUCUUCAAAGACUCCCUAGGAGAGACCAGCCCCUCAGCCUGGCACUUGGUUCAUGAUGUGGGAUCUUACAUCCUUGCCAGGGUCAUAUCUUUGCCCACUUUUACCUGCAAUCCUUGCAUCAUAUUCCGUCAGCUCCAGUCCUUCAUUUAUGAGACCCACAGGAAUCCUUCCAACAGCCAAAGAGUUGAGUCUAACUCUUUCCUGCCCAAACCCAUUCAUGGCCCCCUGCCCUUAGACAAUACAUCACAAGCACCUCCCCUGUCACUUAAAGUCCUUCAUGACCUCCCUGCUAUCUAUUUAUUUAUACUUUCCUCUUGGCCAACCCUUCCUUAAGCCUUUCAUGCUGGUUCAUACAACACUUUCUUUGCAAUUUGAGAUUACUCCUCCUGGAAGUCGUGCCUCCUUGCUUUCAUCUGGCUUACACUAUUUUUUCCUCCAAACAUGAGUUCAUGGGUGGUCUUGGGUUGGAAGAGUGGACUGAAGAAAGUAAUUAUGCUCUUCUUCCUCUAAAAUUGAACUAAUUAAUUUUUUUAAAUGCUAAACCAAAAGCAGCUAAAAAUUCGCCAGUUACUUAUCUAGCUUUCUCCAAACCCAGAUAAAUGAUGAUGUUAGAAACUUUAGCAAGUGGCCAUGAGGAAAUGAAUGGAUAAUUCCAGUGGAGUACUGGGAGGACACUGAUUCUCAAUAUCUACCACCCAAACCUCGUUUUCAUCACUGUAAAGAAGUUGAAUUGUGACUACUGCUUUGGUUAUGACAGGUUGGAUAAUUUUGAUCAAGCCUUGUGUUGAAAAUAAUAAAAUCUUUUGGGGAAAAAAUGAGAAUAGAAAAAGAAUACUUCCCUUAAAUAGUACAGAAUGCCUGAAAAUAAAAUAGGAGCUUAGGAGGCCAAAAUUUUGGGGAAAGCCUGAACCCAGAAAAGUAAGCAGAAUCACUAAGCCAAAAUUCCCAAGGGCAUUUGCUCAUAUUGAAAAAGGGAGCUUUGGUUCUGUGGUCUUGCAUGUGGCUCUGGAAAUGAAGGUCAAAUCUAUGGCCCAGCGAAAGGUUGGGAAUGUCAAAAGAGACCAUCUCCACAUUGGGUUUGUGUCAAGUAAGGCUGAAUCAAAGAAAACUGAAGACAAAGAAAAAAAUCUGAACGGCUACCAGAGAAAAAGGAUCGCCUUCAAAAGAAAAGUCAUUUAAUUGACAGCUGAAUUAUCAGUAGCAACCUGGAGAGUAGAAGAAGGCAAAUACUAUUUCUAACAUCAAUUUGUAAUCUAUACGCAGUAAAGUCAACUCAAAAAUGAGAGCAAUAAUGAACUUUCAGAGCAAGUAAAUGGGGGAACUUUAAUAAAAACAAAAGAUAAUUUAGAAUUCCUGACAAACACAGCAGCUAAGUACCAAG